AUGAUCUGCGCAGAAUGUGAUCGAGCCUAUCACAUCACCUGUCUUAGGAUUCCACCUUUCUCCGAUGGCGAUGGUCUCGUCUGGUCCUGUGAGUUCUGUAAUCGGGAACAGCCAGUCACCACUUGGUGUCAACACGACCCCGCUCGACCUGCAUCUGUCACUUCUCCUUUGUUGGCUGAAAAGUCGGCUUCAGGUACAUAUCUGAACUGCCAAUCUGUGUUGACGAUGACCGAUAAAGAAGUUGGAAAGCAAUUAGAGGAUAUUGAAAUGGAUUCUAUCAAAAAUAUGGGAAUCAGCAGUGCUAGGAUGGGAGUUGAGCCUAUUUUGGCCAAUAACAUUGCCAUAUGCGGCCGCCACGAUGUUGGAGCUUUUUUUCCGGGUAUGCAUGUAGGGACUGGAAGAUCAAGAGAUCCUGUCUACGGAGAAAUUAUAGCCGCUGAAGAGACGUUACCAUCAGUCUCCGUGGCUCUUCAUACAUCAUCGGGCUCGGAUAAGACUCUUUCAAGCAUAGAUUCCUCCUUCUCAAUUUCAUCUUGUGUUCAAUCUUCUCCUCCAAUACGUGCAAUCUCCUUGGGUUAA